AUGCCUGAUAGGCUCUGGUUUUCUAGAGUAGAUUCUUCAAUAAUUGGCAUCAUAUGUGGAAAUCUAGCCACGACAAUGAGAUCUGCUAAGUUUGACAUUGAAAAAUUCACCGAAAAGAAUGUUUUCGGCUUGUGGAGAGUCAAUAUGAGAGCCCUGGUUUCAAAAGAAUACUAUGCUCCAGCCCUUGGAGGGAUCAUGCUAUCGAUUGGCAUCAAGCUAUCCAUUGAUGAUUUUGCCCUUGCUUUUCAGAGGCCUCUACCACUUUGUGUUGGCUAUGCUGCACAAUAUGUACUCAAGCCCCUCUUGGGCUUAUUAAUUGCAAGGGUAUUCAGAGUUCCUUCCAUGUUCUGUGCUGGUUUUAUUCUUACCAGCUGUGUAGCAGGCGCUCAACUCUCAAGUUAUGCAAGUUUUUUGAGCAAAGGAGAUGUAUCAUUGAGUAUUUUGUUGACCAGCAUAACAACCAUUUCUUCUGUAAUUGUUACACCUUUCCUUACUGGUCUCUUAAUUGGCUCUGUAGUUCCAGUUGAUCCAGUUGCAAUGUCCAAAUCGAUCUUGCAGGUAAUUUUGAAGAUUUCUUCAUUCUAA